UUCUCUGUGGUUGGCAAAAAAAGAGUGUCGGAGAACGUGCUGACGUGAAAGUCGUGUGCUAGCAUAGUAAAAGUGCGAUUUGCUGGUAUUUCUGUGAAGAGCGGUUAGUGCACUGUUCUUAAAUGCACCAAUCGUUUCUCUUUAUAAUUAGUAGAAUAGCAUCCCCCCGAAUAGGCGUUCGGUUAAAAUCCCGAUUUAUCUCCAGCCCGGCAAAUUACGGCAGCACAUUUCCUGUGUCUGCAGCAGAAGAGCCAACAACAGCGUGCAGAAGAGGAAAAUUUCAUCAUCUUUACGAGCCGAAUCGAUAUUGGAGUGUAGCAGCAUUUAGCCAGCAGGCGACAUCGACGAAGAAGCCUUUCAUUUGGGGAACCAACAAGAAGCACCGUGAUAUUCAGCUGAAGCUUCAAUUGUUGGAAAACUUCGCAAUGGAUCCCAAGAUCGAGGAAAUCUUAGCCCCACUGCGGAAAGAAGUUAAAGAACAGGGUGACCUUGUUCGGAAGCUGAAAGGUGAAGGUGCUCCGGAGAUCGACAUCAAAAAAGCGGUGAAUGAGUUGAAGGCUCGAAAAAAAAUCUUGGAAGACAAGGAGCUAAGUUUGGCACCAUCGGUAGCGAGCUUCGAUCGGGCGCGGAUGGAAGAUUUGUUGAAACGGAGGUUCUUUUACGACCAGAGCUUCGCUAUAUACGGAGGUAUUACAGGUCAAUAUGAUUUUGGCCCGAUGGGAUGUGCGCUCAAGUCUAACAUGAUCAACGCAUGGCGACAAUUCUUCGUGUUGGAAGAACAAAUGCUGGAAGUCGAUUGCUCCAUUCUGACCCCAGAACCGGUGUUGAAAGCAUCCGGACACGUUGAUCGAUUUGCGGAUUUGAUGGUUAAAGAUACGAAAAAUGGAGAAUGCUUCCGAUUGGAUCAUUUGAUCAAAAAUCACCUCGAAAAGCUAUCGGCCGCUAAGGAUGCCACAGCGGCACUGAAAGACGAAUGCACGGAUAUUGUAAUCAAGCUGGACGGAAUGAAUAAGGACGAAAUGGCAGCGAUUUUGCGGAAGUUCAACAUGAAAAGUCCAAUCACCGGAAACGAUUUGACCGAACCGAUCGAGUUCAACCUGAUGUUUGGCACCCAAAUUGGUCCCACUGGGUUAGUGAAGGGAUUCCUGCGACCAGAAACAGCACAGGGAAUUUUCGUUAACUUCAAGCGACUGCUAGAGUUCAACCAGGGUAAACUUCCUUUCGCUGCUGCCCAAAUUGGUAACUCAUUCCGUAACGAAAUUUCUCCCCGAUCUGGACUGAUUCGUGUUCGAGAAUUCACUAUGUGUGAAAUUGAGCACUUCUGUGAUCCACAACUGAAGGACCAUCCCAAAUUUAAGAACGUAGAAGAUGUUGUAAUGACUCUGUACUCCGCGUGUAAUCAAAUGGAUGGCAAAAGUGCACAGCAGAUCAAGAUUGGAGAAGCAGUCGGAAGUGGUCUCGUUGCGAACCAAACUCUCGGAUACUUCAUGGCCCGCAUUCAACAGUUUAUGUUGAAGAUUGGAAUCCUGCCCGAACGACUUCGUUUCCGUCAGCAUAUGAGCAAUGAGAUGGCACACUAUGCGUGCGAUUGUUGGGAUGCCGAGUGUCUGACUAGUUACGGUUGGAUCGAGUGCGUUGGAUGCGCCGAUCGAUCGGCGUACGAUCUUACCCAGCACACAAAUGCAACUGGUGUGAAGCUCGUGGCUGAAAAGAAACUCCCGGCUCCGAAAACUAUCGAAGUGACAGAGGUGGUUCCGAAUAAGGCCGCCAUCGGAAAGGUUUUCAAGAAGGAUGCGAAAAACAUAACCGAGCAGCUGGCUAAGUUAAGCCUCUCGGAUGUGGAAACGAUUGGCAAGAACCUGGCCGAGAAAGGAGAGCAUGCGUUGGAGAUCAACGGUUCGGAAGUGACUCUUAAGAGCGACAUGAUUGCUGUCAAAACAAGCUCCAAGACUGUCCACGUUGAAGAAAUCACACCAAGCGUUAUCGAGCCCUCGUUCGGUAUUGGCCGUAUCAUGUACUCACUGUUGGAGCAUAGUUUUCGAAUGCGCGAAGGUGACGAACAACGAAGCUACUUCUCGCUACCCCCGGUUGUGGCUCCACUCAAGUGCUCCGUACUGCCACUCAGUAACAACAUUGAAUUUGUGCCGUUCGUUAAGAAGAUUUCAUCUGCAUUAACUAGCGUUGAUAUUUCCCACAAAGUGGAUGACUCGAGCGGUUCAAUUGGUCGGCGUUAUGCCCGCACAGAUGAAAUUGCUAUCCCGUAUGGUAUCACAAUCGAUUUUGACACCCUCAAGGAACCACACAGUGUGACGCUGCGAGAACGCGACUCUAUGAAACAAAUUCGAAUUGGACUGGAAGAGGUCGCAGAAGUAGUUCGAGACUUGGCCACCGGGCGACACAACUGGGCGAAUGUGGAAGUGAAAUAUCCCAAAUUCGAGCAGCAGGAAACCAGUUCGAAAUGAACAUCUGUUUUGUGAUGUUAAUCCCAAAAACAUGCAGCAUUUUUAGCUACUUACUUUUAUGCGUUUGAAUACCGUAAAUUUGUAAAUGCACACUAAUUAUGAUUAAAGUUUACUAAUUUGCUUACAA